AUGGCAGAUACAUAUGCUGUGCCCUUGCGCAAGUUCAAGCUCGUCUUUCUGGGCGAGCAGAGUGUUGGCAAGACAUCCCUCAUCACCCGCUUUAUGUAUGACUCGUUUGACACGGCCUACCAAGCGACCAUUGGCAUUGAUUUCCUCUCAAAGACGCUGCAUCUAGAUGACAAGGUUGUACGUAUGCAGCUGUGGGAUACGGCAGGUCAGGAGCGCUUUCGCUCCCUAAUUCCGUCCUAUAUCCGCGACUCGAGUGUCGCCGUUGUUGUGUACGACGUGACGAACAGAGCCAGCUUUCUCAAUACGCAGAAAUGGGUGGAGGACGUACGUGCGGAGCGGGGCGACGAUGUCAUUUUGGUGCUUGUAGGCAACAAGACGGAUUUGCAGGAGAAGCGGCAAGUGACGCUGGAGGAGGGCGAGAAGCGUGCCAAGGAGCACAAUACGCUCUUCAUUGAGACCUCAGCGAAAGCAGGCCAGAAUGUCAAGACGCUAUUUCGCAAGAUUGCGCUUGCUUUGCCUGGCAUGGACACGGCCGCUGAGCCAGCACCGAUGACGGAGGUCAAGAUCAAUCCAAGUACAUCGAAGACGCAGGAAUCAGAUUGUGCUUGCUAG